AGCAAAAUCAGUGAAUACUUUGCGCUCAAAUGGAACUGUUGUUAUUUGUUUGCUGUAACUUCCAGCAGCGUGCAUAAUUUUUUAAUUCAGACAUUCAUACAUAUAUGCAUACAGAUGUAUGGCUGGGUUGAAAUGACAUUCAGACGUUCGAAAAACAUCGAAUUCAUCACUUGAUGGAUGAAAUCCGCUGAUCACUUUCAUUUCGGUAAUAAAAAUCGGUAGGGUUACCUUAACUGUGGCAUAAUAAAAAAUUGAGUAGUGCAAAAGCUAUACUGAAAACGCAAAUAAAAUAAAAAAAAUGUUUUUGAAGAAAUGUGUAAUUCACUAGUAUAAAUGCUUACACGAACAUACCUGCAUGCAUACAUUAAAAAGUGCUACUCCAAACAAUUAAACAGAACAUAUAUGUACUAUACAUGCAUAUGAAUAUAUCUAAAUAAAAAAAAAAACAAAGCCUUAAUCGAAUCACUUGAAUCGUUCAAAGGUUAACAUUUUGUGAUCGACAGCGUAAUGGCGAUAAUAUAAGCAGCCCAUACAAACAGUGCACGAUUGCUUCGAGUACAAAUGUACAUCUACAUAUGUAUGUGCGUACAUGUAUCAUACAUUCUCGGCUUAGUAAUCAAGUGAAGCAAAAUUUUAAGUGACUGGAAAUACGUACACAUAUCCUGCCGUAACUAUUCUUGCCACACUCAAGAAAAAUGCACAUUUAUUACAAGUUUGGAUUGUUCCUGAUAUUCAUACUCAGCAUAAGUGCGCCCUUUACAAAAGCAGCUCCUUCAAACGUGUCUUAUGACAAUAACGAUGAUUAUUAUGAGGAAUAUUAUGAUGAGAAUGGUCUAGAGCAAAAAGAUAACCUAACCGUAAAAACUACUGAUACAGAAAGCGUGACUUCGACAACAAUUAGAACCAUUAUCGUUAUUCCAACAACAAAAAGGAUAUUACUUUCAUUAAACAAUUAUACAACUAGCAGUCAGGUGUUGGAGCCCAAAUGUCCCAAAGACUGCCACUGUUUGGAUAAUUUUAAGCGCAUACUGUGCAAUGGCCUUGGUUUGACGAGCGUGCCAAAAAACCUUCCAACUACAACACUAUUCAUCGAUUUAAGCCAAAACAAUAUUGAAGAACUACAUAUUGAAGAUUUCGUAAAUAUUUCUAAAGUUCGUGAAAUCAAUUUAAGUUAUAAUAAACUAAAAUUUAUUGAUAAAUCGAUGUUUGAGAGCUUAAUUAAUUUACAAAGACUUCAGCUAACAGAUAAUAAACUAAGACAAAUUGAGCCAGCAACUUUCUCAGGCACAAGUAAUCUAAUUGAUCUGGAUUUAAGUAACAAUUCAAUAUUGUUAAAAAAUUAUGGCCCAUUCCUCAUUCGACCUGGCUUAAUUAAAUUUGCUUGUCGUAAUUGCAGUUGGACUGAAUUGUCUGAUGGUACAUUCUCAGGAUUAGCCAGUUUGCAGUCUCUAAAAUUGGAUUUAAAUAAUUUUGAUAAGAAAAUCAAUGUUAAAGCUUUUUCACCGCUGCAGAAUGUUACUAGAUUGUGGUUGCCUGAUUUGGAAGCAGAGAAAGUGACAGAACUGUGUAAUUUAUUAACAGCUAUUGACAAUAUAAAGUUCGGACACUUUGAAAUCAGUUGCUUUGAAUUAGUACUAGGUACUUCUUUUAAUGAUAGUAUUGUGAUAACGGAUCCACCAUUCAUUCAAACGGAAAUACCACAAGUACCUAAUGAUGUACCACAAUUAGCAGUUACUGGUAUUUCAGUGCAAGCAAAGGAAACAAAGGAAGAAAUCAGUACUAAGAUUAAAUCUGCGAAUGUGACUACUAAAAUACCAACAACGAAAACAAAAUCGUCAAAUCCAAAAGAGAUCAAAAUAGAAGAAAAUAAAAUGGAAAGUAUCGAUGUCCACCCAAAUUUCACAAAUUCUACGACUGCGAGUAGAAAGGAAGAUGAUAUUAACAUUAAGAAAAUGUCGGUCCUACCAACAGGAAACGCUUCAACUAUCUUAAAUACUAUAGCAAAUACCAGUGUCGAGCACAACGAAAUAAAAACUUCGGUUAAAACAAAUAACACCGUCACAGAACAUAUAUCCCAGGAUAUGGUAAACAUACUGCUUAUAUGUAUUAUUAUUAUAGCAAUUGCUGGCAUUAUCAUUGGUAUAAUUUGCCGAAAGGAUGUUGGUGGAAUCAAAACUAAAUGUUGUCGAACAAAGAAACCGGAUCCAAAAGAUCAAGCACAUCCCCCUGAAGAAAUUCCACUAAAUAAACUAUCAUAAGUACAGGGCCUAAUCAGUAAAAAACAUUUCUUAAUUUUUCAUUACAACAAUAAGCGAAGAGAAAAUAGUUUAACUUUCAACAGAUAAAUAUUUCAAACAUAUUUAGUAUGUUGUAAUAACUGUAAUGAUAAUAUCUAAGUAAUCAUAUUUGAUGUACUCGUUAGCGAUAUUAUAAUUAGUAUGAUAAGUUUAGUAUAUAAUUUCCAAAUUACUUCUUAACGCAUGAUCUUGUACUCAAAAAUACAACGUUAAGAUUCCUAGUCGCAUUCAGAAAUAUUUAUAUUUUUACGCACAAUACACAAACAACCACAUGUAUGUAAUACGGUAGGUAUCAGCAAAAUAAUAAUUUGUUUUCUGAAUACAUACAUACACAUUUAUAAUAGUAAACAUUAACAUUAAUAUAA